AAUGUCAUUUACUAGAGCCACAGCGUUGUCAUGGUCUACAAAAUGUCUGCCAGUCUGGGAGCAUUAACCACCUGAUGCAUCUCUCAGGCAUCCUGCCAUGUUUUGGUGGGUCAUUCUGUGAGGUAGAUGGCCUUGAAUCCAGCCCACAUGAACAAGGGUUGAGAAGAAGAGGUAUUGGGCUUGAGCUGAGAUUGGCCUUUUCUAGGUGUCAUGGCCACAGAGCUUACACACAAGCAUAAUGAUUCCCCUAGGAUUAAACUGGAAGAGCCUGAUCCAACCGCCCUUGAACCAGGGGGAGGGUUGGAGUCUGAUGGAAAACCCCUACAUCCUGUUCAGGCCGGGAGUAUCCAGGAAUUUCUCCACACCACAACACCCUCGCAGGUGAAGCAGGAACCGGAUGAGGAAUUACCACAGCUUUGGGAAGCCCAGUGGCAGGAGUUCCUGAAGGUGGUAGAGACUCCCCGUUCAAGGUGGGUCCACCAUGCGAAGCGGCCAGAGUUGACAUUGUGGGAAGAUACGAAGAUGAUUCCAGCCCUCUGUGAAGGACAGGCCAAUGCUAAUCGACUCCUUCAAAGAGAGGGCAAAGCAAAACCACUGGAAGGCCUCCUCAUAAUAGAUGGAGGUGAGGAAGAUGAUAGAAAAGUGAAGGAAGAAACCCUUGAGGAGAAUCACACCAAUGUGGUCCCGCAGGGCCACCAGUUCUGGCACUUCUGCUAUCAGGAGGCUGAGGGUCCUCGAGAGAUGUAUGCCCAGCUCCGGGAAUUAUGUUACCAGUGGUUGGCGCCGGAGAGGCACACCAAGGAGCAGAUCCUGGAGCUGGUGAUCCUGGAGAAGUUCCUGGCCAUCUUGCCAGCAGAGAUCCAGAGCUGGGUCCGAGAAGGAGGACUGGAAAGCUCUGCCCAGGCUGUAGCGCUGGCGGAAGGCUUCCUGCUGAGGCAGCUGGACAGACCAGUAAAGCAGGCGCUGAGCCCAUUUGAAGAAGGAGCUUUAAAUUCCCGGGCGCCCCUGCUGGCCGUCACAGCAGAUGUUCGCAGGGAUGCAGGCUUGCUGAGUAAGACUUUGAAUCCCAGAAUUUCACAGAUACCUGAGCAAGAUGUUUGA